GCUUGAAACACAAGUGCGGGGGCGACUUUUCCGCGGAAAAAUGCCAUUAAUUAGCCAGACGAAUAAGUCCCGAUGCUUAACCCGCCAACAGUAGAGAGCAGAACAUGUCCCCGCCUCGUUGCCAUAGCGCAUUACGGAUCACAGCCCACACGCACGUCCAGAAUCCGGAAAAGAAACACCACGUCUUUGGCAGCGGCGGAAGGAGACCCUGGAGAUUACACUAGCCAUGGAGCAAUCAGUGUCCCCCCGCUGGCUAAGACGCUAUCGCGCCUUCUUUCUCAUCCUGCUGCUCAUUGUAGCCAUUCAAUUGUUCCUGGCCUACAAAUCAUUGGACAUCGUAGGCGGAGGGUCUGGCUCAGGGUUCGAUGCAGCUGAGGCGCCCGCCAGUCCGCCCCCGCCGCAGGCUCAGGAGCGCAUUCAGCCACCCGUCAGGACCAAGCUUACAGCCCAGCAACUGGGCUUCCAGCCAGAGUGCGACAUCCUUGCCAGGGAGGCCAUCUCCGCCCUUCAGCGCGCAAAAACGAAAGACUGUCGAGAACAUAUCGCACACAUUGCCUGCGCCAUCCAAGCUGGACGUUUCUAUGCUCCGCAACUGCAGAGCAGCUGUCCCGCGGGAAAUUAUACAGCAAAUGUGUCAUUGGGUUGCUACAAGGAUGAAAAGGAUCGCCGCCUACUAGCCGGUUAUUAUAGCAGUUCUAAGACCUCAAAUUCCCCCGCAAAAUGUGUGGAGCUCUGCCUGCAGAGUGGCUAUCCGUAUGCGGGUGUUCAGUACGGACGUGAAUGUUUCUGUGGCUUUGAUACGCCACCGAGGGCCGCCAAGCUUCCGGACUCCAGUUGUAACACCAAGUGCCUGGGCAAUGCCAAGGAAAUCUGCGGUGGAUUCUACGCCAUGAACAUCUACGAGACCGGCAUAGCCAAGUUCACCGCCCAGCUGGCAGCUACCACUCCUCCGGCGGGAACGAAGCGUGUGCGGAUCGCAUUUCUGCUGACGCUCAAUGGAAGAGCGCUGCGUCAGGUGCAUCGACUUCUAAAGGCCUUAUAUGCUCCGGAGCACGUGUACUACAUUCAUGUGGAUGAGCGCCAGGAUUACUUGUACCGGAAGCUGCUGGAGCUGGAAUCAAAGUUCCCCAACAUCCGUUUGGCCCGUAAGCGUUUCUCCACCAUAUGGGGAGGAGCGUCCCUUCUGACCAUGUUGCUCCAGUGCAUGGAGGACCUCCUGCAGUCCAACUGGCACUGGGACUUCGUGAUUAACCUGAGCGAAAGCGAUUUCCCGGUUAAGACACUCGACAAGUUGGUGGAUUUCCUGAGUGCAAAUCAGGGAAGGAACUUUGUUAAAGGCCACGGCCGGGAAACCCAGAAGUUCAUCCAGAAGCAGGGAUUAGACAAGACGUUCGUAGAGUGCGACACCCAUAUGUGGAGGAUAGGAGAUCGUAAACUGCCAGCGGGCAUCCAAGUGGAUGGAGGCAGUGACUGGGUGGCGCUGUCGCGACCUUUCGUGGCGUAUGUCACGCAUCCCAAAGAGGAUGAUGAGCUAUUGCAGGCUCUCCUUAAGCUCUUUCGGCACACCCUGCUCCCGGCGGAGUCCUUCUUCCACACGGUGCUUAGGAAUACCCAGCACUGCACAAGCUAUGUGGAUAACAACCUACACGUCACCAACUGGAAACGGAAACAGGGAUGCAAAUGCCAGUACAAACAUGUGGUAGAUUGGUGCGGUUGCAGCCCCAAUGACUUCAAACCUGAAGAUUGGGCUAGGCUGCAGGCCACGGAACAGAAAUCUCUAUUCUUCGCCCGCAAGUUUGAGCCAGUAAUCAACCAGGCAGUGUUGCUUCAACUAGAGGAGUGGCUCUACGGACCAUAUACGAGCGAGUACGCAAACUUGCACGGCUACUGGCAGUCCCUGUACCACCACGAGGAUAUUCAUGGAUCUGGGGAUGAUUUAGCAAGGAGCAUUGGUGACAGUGUAAUGCGUUUAUCUGCUCGCCAAGCGAAGUUGGAUCCCCUGGAGUUAAUAGAACUCACUCACUACCUCCACCGCGAUCAGUACAAGGGUUUCCUGGUGCGAUACAGAGCCAGAGGAUCGUCUGGGAAACCACUUUAUUUAGAGACCCGAGUGCGUCCGAUGCAGCAAGGCAAGCUUGCGCGAAAUGCCCGCUUUAGCAAGAGAUUACGAAACUUUGAGGUCUCUACAGACUUCGAUCAAAAAGAGCAGGUAGCCCGUAACUUUGGAAAGCUCUUAGGUCCACAAAGUGACCUACUGCUGAGUUACACACUCCAGGCUACUGCGGAUUCGGGUGCAGCGUCCCAUUCCUAUAACCUUACCCUGUUAUGGAUAGAUCCGUUAGGUCGCUUGCAGGACUUUAACGAACUGCACGUCGAAGACUCUACCAGCGAUGUGAUAAACCACUCGAAAACCCUGCUCAAGCAUCCAAUCACACCAGGGAUAUGGACAGCCAAGUUAAUAGGACGAAACUCCAUCUAUGCGCAGCUCAAGUUCCUAAUAGUCCCAGUCGCCUACCACAAAGGAUAUCCUUUGGAAAAGUCCUCUGAAGCUGAGGCACUUAACGCCGGUUUGUCGGUGUCGUUGCCUGAGGACUUCGAGAUGCCAGUAGAAUGGCAGCAACAUCUGCAAACCGAUGAUGAACAGUUUACCAUGCGAGAGGAAUCCCUAGCCAAGGGGAGGAUGGUGGGACAGGAACUGCACAGUUGGAUUGAUGGAUUGGUCAGUAAAUUUUUUCAUCUACGUGAGAGCUGCGUGAUGGAGGCGGACACUGAGGUUUCCCUGCCCCUUUGUAGCGAUGUUGCCUGGAGUUCAAUGGCUUCCGAUCCCAAGAGCGAUGUGGAUGCCUUGCUCAAAUGAGCUAUUGCCAUUAACCAGUUUUGUUAUUAAUUCUAUAGUGUAAAUAUUUGCCAUUACUUAGAUACCGAUCCGCAAUUAAUAAUUUUUUGAUAGCUCCUUUUUCUCCUUAAUGUUUUCAUAUAGAUUGUUGUGAUAAAUGUGAACUUUUAAGCGCCAUCUUGACCGGAUGCGGAACUCCGCCACUCCAUUUGAAAUUUGAUUUUUUUCAAUACUAGAGUAUAGCAUUUUGAAAUAGUUAAGUUAGUUAGAUUUGAACGCCUUGUAAAUACGCAACGCACUGGACACCAAAAUAUCGCAUUGCAGCCAAAUAUCGUGGAGGUAAUCCAGAGUUAACUGUACAUAAGGUUAGCUAGACGAAAUUCCGUAACUAAGUCAUAAGCUAGGGCACCACCAGAUAACAAUUGAAUCAGUUGUAUUCACAAAGUUUCUUCGAUUUUUUGAUUCACAUAUCAAGUUAUCCAAAAUAAAUGAGCAAUUCUACAUGUACUAAAAA